ACAUUUUGUUUUAUUUAUCUAACACCCAAAAUUUAAAAAUGUUAUACUUAGGUUUGAGUAUUUAUUCUAACCAACUAAUAGUGUAAAUAAUUGUUUAUGUUUUCAGUGUUAUCUAUAACAGACAUUAUGACUUGUAAACGAGUUUUAGUCAGGUCUAAUGAAAUUAAUAGACAGUUUACAGCUUUAUUAUAUGCCAUUGUGAGCAAAUUUAAUAUUGAUGGAUUAUCUCCAUUGGUUCUAACUAAGUGGCAAGUAAUUUUAUUGCUCUACAUUUUAAUUGUAACAAACAAUUCUUAAACAUAUGAAACACUUUAUGCAGUAAUCUAUGUGGUAUGAAUGUGAACAGUACAUACUUAAUGUGUCUUAAUCCAGAAUGUACUUCUAAUUUUGAAAUGGAAAUUGGAUCACAUGAAUUAGAAACUAUAUUAAAUAUACGAUUAUCAAUAACAGAUUCAACGGGCACUCUAGAAAACUGUAUAUUGCAUCAUCAAGUAGCCACAAAAAUAUUAAACGAGGUUAAUUAUUUUCAAAAUAUGAGCUUGAAUCAAAGAACAGAAUUAAAAUGGAAGUAUUUAUUCACUAACUGUAUGGUCAAAUUAGUGGUGACAGAAGCCCAUCCUUAUGAAAAGUUAACAAUUUUAGUAGUAGAUAUAGAAAAUGAAGGGCCAAUAUCUAAAUUUAUAUCGCGUAUACCAAUAUAUUAAACUUAAUAUACAAUUUAAAACAAAUCUCAAAAAUUCAAAUGUAUUCUUGUAUUUAAAAAGUAUGACUUCAUGAUUUGUAA